AAAGACGAUUAGUUAUUCGCGAAACAUUGUGAAUAAUCCUAUAUUUAUAUUAUAAAAAUUAUGCGCGAACUCUAUCCAAGUGUGAUAAAUUAUUAAAUAUCUUAUGGUCGUUGUUGGAGUUAUAGCAAUCAAACCCAAAUAAUAUUAAAUCAUUAUCGCGGACUUCAGAAACCAAAGGAAUCAUGAUUAGUACGUGCAAUAGCUCGAGGUGGAUAUGGUGGAGUACGUUCCUCAACUUCGACGAAUGUCUGCGACAGAACGUGCAAAGGAAAAGGAAGAAAUAAGCUGCAUUCUAUCUGGACGUAACGUUCUUGUCACCGGUGGUGCCAGUGGUCUCGGAGCAGCAUAUGUCAAAGUGUUCCUGCAAUACGAUAUCAAUAAAAUUACGAUACUAGAUAUCGAUAGUGUAAAUGGACAAAGAUCUGUGAAUGCUAUAAAUAAAACUGUCGGAUAUGAAAAAGCAACAUUUGUUCACGCCGAUGUCUCUAAGCAUGAAGAAAUGAUCGCUGCAUUUAAAAAAGCUUCAGAAGCAAUGGAUGGUAUCGAUAUUGUGAUAAACAAUGCUGGGAUUCUCGAUGAAAGACGAUGGGAAAGAGAAAUUGCCGUCAAUAUUAAUGGAAACGUGUCUUGUGCACUUCUGGCCAUUGAACACAUGGCGAUAGACAAGGGAGGUCGAGGAGGAGUCUUGGUCAAUGUGGCACAGCAUACAAAUUGUGAAACUAGUGCUCAGUUACCCAUUUACACAGCUACUAAGUGGGCGACUAUUGGGUUCUCCAAUUCUCUAGGGGCUGCGCAUAUCUUUGAAGAAAGCGGUAUUCGAGUAAUGACCUUAUGUCCGGGCCUAACGGAAACUGCUUUGACAAUAGACAGUCCCAAUAAGUUAUUAUCUAGGGUUAUGAAAGCAGACUUUGUCAAGAAUCUCGAACAACUACCAAUCCAAACACCGUACAACGUUGCAAAAGGUUUGAUGACGGUCCUAUACGCUGGAGAGCACGGCAGCAUUUGGGUGAUAGAGAACGGAGGAAUGCCAUACGAAGUUUGCAUUCCAGAGCCAAAGGCAUUACGACGAUCGUUCAAGGAUAAUUUAGUAAGGGAACAAGAAUCUGAAAAGACAAAAUGUAUUUUAGAGGAUAACGGUACUCUACAGCAAAGUUUCCAAUCGGGCUUGACUACCUGCGGCUAAUAGCUGAUAGCAUCAAAAUUCGAUUUUGUACUUUACCAAAUUUCAUCAACUUAGUAUGCAAAUUUAGCUAUUUUUAGAUGAUUGACUUUCAGAUGACUGCACAAUGAAUAAUCAUGAAGUUCAAUUAUGAUAUUUGAACAUAGUGAUAAGCAUCAUUGGUACUUUAUUAUCAAUAUAUGCUCUACUUUUGCUCAUUAAUUUAAUUAAUUGUUCAGUAGAAUAUAAUGUAUGUAGAUAUGCUUAGUCUGUACGUAUAUCCCACACAUCUGAAUAAUUUUAUUACUCCGAAUGAUAGUAAUAUGGAACCUAUUUUGUUGUCAUGAAGUGUACGUUUUGGAGAAUAUAAGAUCUAUAUUUGUA